CUUGUUUGUCUUUGGUUUUCUGAGUGUUCAAGAUGGCCGCGCUUUUGGGACUGCGUGCGUGUGUCUCCGCUCUUCAUCUGACCACACCAAGCCUGGUGCAGAGCAGCUUUAAGCUCUGUGCUGUGCCUCUAAGUCGGCGGACCUUCGCUGCAGAGGCUAAGAAGUCUUACACUAGAGAAAAGCCUCACGUCAAUGUAGGGACCAUCGGGCAUGUUGAUCAUGGCAAGACCACCUUGACUGCAGCUAUCACAAAGGUACUUGCUGAUGCCGGCGGUGCAAACUUUAAAAAGUAUGAGGAGAUUGACAACGCCCCUGAGGAGAAGGCCCGAGGAAUCACCAUCAACGCCUCUCAUGUUGAAUAUACAACAGCCAACAGACAUUAUGCCCACACAGACUGCCCUGGUCAUGCUGACUAUGUCAAGAAUAUGAUCACAGGUACUGCUCAGAUGGACGGCUGCAUCCUGGUGGUGGCGGCCACCGAUGGUCAGAUGCCUCAAACGCGGGAGCACCUGCUACUGGCGAGGCAGAUCGGCGUUGAGCACGUGGUAGUGUUCAUCAACAAGGCGGACGCGGUGGAUGAUAAAGAAAUGUUGGAGCUGGUGGAAAUCGAGAUCCGUGAGCUUCUCACCGAAUUUGGCUAUGACGGCGACAACACGCCUGUUGUGAUAGGCUCUGCUCUCUGUGCUCUGGAGGGUCGUGAGCCGGAGCUUGGCAUCAGUGCAAUCCUGAAACUGCUGGACAUUGUGGAUUCAUAUGUUCCGUUGCCCAAAAGAGAACUGGAAAAGCCCUUCCUUCUCCCUAUUGAAGGAGUUUAUUCAAUCCCAGGCAGGGGGACAGUGGUGACCGGCACCAUGGAGAGGGGCAUCAUCAAGAAAGGGGACGACUGUGAGUUUGUGGGUCACAAUCGCAGCGCCAAAUCUGUGGUUACAGGUAUUGAGAUGUUCCAUAAAUCCCUGGAUAGGGCCGAGGCCGGAGACAAUCUGGGUGCUCUUGUCCGAGGCCUGAAGAGGGAGGAUGUGAGGAGAGGGAUGGUGAUGUGCAAGCCGGGAGCCAUAAAGCCUCACCAGAAAAUCCAGGCUCAGGUUUACAUUCUGAGUAAAGAGGAGGGAGGUCGACACAAACCCUUUGUCACCAACUUCAUGCCUGUCAUGUUCUCCCUGACGUGGGACAUGGCCUGCAGAGUCACUCUGCCCACUGACAAGGAAAUGGUGAUGCCAGGCGAGGACACCACCUUGACGCUUACGCUUAGGCAACCAAUGGUCCUGGAGAAAGGUCAGAGGUUCACGCUCAGAGAUGGCAACAAAACCAUCGGCACCGGCCUGGUGACAGACAUCCUGACGGUGACAGAGGAAGAUCAAUUCGGCUUAUAAGAAAGUGUGUGGGGAACCGGGGUGGGUUGGGGGAGUAUGGCAGGGUUGUAAGGGCAGGUGGUCGCAUAAAAUACCUUAACCUUACAAAGUUGCAAAUACACAGGAUAGAUUACACACAGCAUCAUCCAAUAUGUUGCGAUAUUCCAGUCAACCAAAAUAUUUGUAAAGUUAAGCAACUGUGGUUAUGGUAAAGCACCAGACUACUUCAUGAUCUUUAUGUAAUAAAAUGUAUUUAAUAAC